AUGGAAGAGAACCUGAAGAGCCAGGCAUCUGAAGUAAGGGAAGCUCUGAGUAGCAGGAUCAGCAAGAUACUUGGGAAUUCAUCUGAAAUGGGUGUCCUGAAAGAUGGGCAAGUGGUAACUAAGCUGUUGCAUAAAGCUAGAAUGAGAAUAUCAGUGCACCUCCAGAUUUGCUUGGCAAUGCUGGAUGACACUACAUUUACCAAUACAUCAAUUUUGGAAUAUGAAAUUGAUCGGGCCACACUAACUAUUGCCCAUGCAAUGGUCAAUCCCAUCAAUGUUGAUUGGGAUGUGGAUCAAUAUGCUGACAGGGUCAAGUUGUCACCACCGAAUUGGGAUGGGUCAGCAACCUCUGAGCUGGAAAGGCUAAAGAAGUACUUCUCUGAGGCAGUGCUUGGCAAAAUUUCAACUCCAGCCACCAUUGUAGACAGGCAUGGCAGAAUUUUGAUGGUUUACCUGCCCAAUAUUUUGUCACCUGCUUGCCUGAGUUGGAGAGAUGAUGGCUUUGUGGUGCCAGAGGGAGGGGGUGAAUUUGGGGCUGCGAUUGAUAGAUCCACUCGUAACAUUGGAGUCUUACAACUCAAAGGAGGUCCAAAAAUGGCUAGAAGCUUUAACAACAUCAGAACUUCUGUGGAACUCCAUUACUGCAGCAGUGGCACCAGAACUUUUUGA